CUGCUAUCCCGAGCAGUUGAAAAAGUUGAGAGAAAAACUCGCGAUGGAAAAAUGGCGACGUAUUUGAAACCAACGUCAAAAUUGUUUGACCUUCCUUCGCGCGCGUCCGCGGAAUUGAAUCUUGCCGACUUGAUGUGCCCCGUGUGCAGGGGAAUCCUGAUCGAGCCUGUGACCCUUCCUUGUGCCCACAGCCUCUGCCUGAGGUGCCUCAACGGUACGAUACAGCACAACAGCCUAAGCUGUCCCCUCUGCAGAGUCAGAGUAGGUUCCUGGCUAAGGACGGCUACCAAGUCGGACACUCUCGUCAACGGCGAACUAUGGACGCUGAUCAAGACCAGGUUCUCCAAGGAAAUACAAGCUAAACACGACGGCGUUGACACUGACCUCGAUUCCGGAUUUGGAAGGACAAACAAAAUUUUGAGCGCAGCUGGUGAGAUUCGGCGGGAAUACGAGGCGCAACUCGAACUUGCAGAAGAGGAAAGAAGGCGGCUACGAGAGGCGGAGCGAAUUGCGAGCGAGGCGUUGAUUCACAAGAUACAGGCAGAGGAGCGGCAACAUAUCACACGGUUGGUCAAGGAUCGCGCAGUCGCAAAAGAUUUAGCGAAGAGACAUACUGGAGACAAAGUCAAGGUGAGGGAGAAACAUGCCGACGAGCGAGAAGCCGGAUGCGACAGAGAGAUGCAAAUCUCCAAGUCGACUGCGACUGAGUUGACCAAGUUGACAGAGCGAGUAGAGUGGAAUUCGAAUAUUGCUCUGAUCUCUAAACUGCGCGCGGAAAGGUAUGCUUCCGAUGCAAAAGCAGGCAUGUCCAAUUCCCAUAAAUGCCCUACAGACAAGUUCCAGUCCCCAAAAUGCGACCAGCUCACGAGCCCUACAAGUAAGUCAACCAAACACCAAGUCGCGACCAAGAUCAGGUCACUGCCAGCCCAGAGCUAUGCGUCCAAGCCCAGCUGCUCGACUUCGAAGAUCUAUGGCACUCAGAGCAAGGAGGAGCUCCAUGUGCCCAGCGACGUCUUAAACAGGAAACCGAAAAGUCUCGGUGUUGAGGUUUGCUUGGCGACUGGCGGGGAUGACCAGCGCAUUGGAAGUGCAGAGAGUAGCUGCAGCCAUGACAGCAUAAACAUAGAGAUACACCAUUUCAAACCCAUUAAAGCAAUGCCGAGGACACCACUAGGAGUAACGCCAGAUGGUUGCCCAAUUGACCCAAAGCUGAUCAGAGUUGUCGCCACAUUGCAACAAGUACAAAACGCCAUUCCCAAACCUCCAGUAGCAAUGGAGUUGAAACGAUUGUCGACAUGGUCCUACAGCGCGUUCAAAGGAAAAACGAAGAAAAUGUUGAAACUAGAGCAUCGUCCAACCACUAGCAAUGUUGUGAAAGAUGAACCGGAAAGCAGACCAUCAACAUCACACUGUCCGAACCAACCACAGCCAAAUCCGAGCAAAUUAGCAAAAUCUCAGGUGUCAGAGACAGUCCGCAGGCUGGAUUUGUCCACAGAAAUUCCAUACGAUGGUAAUAAAAACUAUGCAAAAAACAUAAACAGGAUAAUAAACGGUACUAAGGUGAGCAAGAAGUUGAUCCUCGAUGAGGACGUGGCACUUUCAAUGGCACAUCAAAAGUACGACAGCCCAGCAAAGUUCAAGCGGAGGAAACGUUGCUCGUCCAGCAAUGACCGGGAGGAAACGAAUACGGACCAAAAAACGAACAACUCCGGAGACGAGGCGUCAAGUUCAAAUUCCUCCAGUAACAAUUCUUGGUCUCUCCCGUUGGAUGGCCCCAACGAAGCCGUCGAAAAUAUUGCCGAGAGGAUAAAAAAACGGAAGAUGUCCCGCGGUGUUAAGAGUAAACUGCAGAAAACGGAAGCGCCUGAGAAGCAGCGUUGCACGGCUACUGAAAAAAAGAGUGCGACCAUACGAAAACCGCUCACAGAAACGACUAAGUCAGCUACGAAGCAAACGACCAACCCGAGACUUGGUGCCCAGCAGAAGAAAGGCAGGUGUACCAGAUCCGAGGACGAGGACACCGAUUUGCAGGUUGAUUCGGAGUCUGUGGUUGAGACGGGUGCGAUCUACGGUAGCAGAAAGUCUACAAGAACCUUGACCAGAAGCGGCGGGGAGUUGAAAGGCGAAAAAACUACGACGACGAAAUCCCACCAAGAGUCUGAAAUGCAAUGUUCAGACCUAGAAGAAGAAGUGGAGGAGGAGGAGGAUGAAGAUGAAGAAGUACAAGAGCAGCGGCGGAUAGAGAGGCUGCUCCUGCAGGAGAAAAAGGAUUUUGAGCUCGCCCAGAGGCUGCAGGCAAAGUUCGACGAGAUGGAGAGGAUCUCCGGGCGUACUCGAGGUUCUCGGCGCAGUCGGUUCAACUCGAGGAACAUCGAGCAGGUCCUCGCAGUUGACGGCGUCGGCAUCAGAGACCGAUUCAGCAAGCAGCUGCGCAUCCAAGGGAAGGAGACUUCCAUGCUGGAAAACGAAAAGCGCCGUGUGACUCGAAGACGGUGUGUCUAAUGACGAAGAUCACCGCGAGUGACGUUCAUUGGCAACUUGAAAAGCGCAUUGAUUGGCAGGGGAGACGAGAGACCGCGGUACACAUACUUCGUCUAAUUCCUUGCCAUACAUACGCACAUAGAUGUAUCGCCGGUGUACCGACAGCGGCGUGAAUUGAUUUUUAUUGUGUUAAAUAGAUUAUUACCGUACGCAUGUUAGUUGACUAUACAAGGUAAAAGAUUGAAAAUUUUAUUGAAGGAAAUCGUUCGGCUCACUGGUGGUGUCGCAAAAAAGAAAAAAUGGAUGUGCGUCAUCCGGACAAUAGUCGAACGGUAACUAAUGAACCUGAACAUUAUAAGUUGCGGUGAAUAUUGCCAUUCGGCAAGGAAGGUUAUACUGUCUUAAGAUUCCUGAAAAAAGCAGAUGAAUACAUUUAUGAUGGCGUAUAUGUUGGGUUUUCGGAUGAACUCCGAAAUCUAACAAUAAAUUUCAACAAAAGUGCAACUUGUACAUAAGAGUCCCCUCGACCCUGAUGCAAUCGCAGCUUGCAUACAUAUUAUAUGAACACGACACAUAUGUCUCAUUUUCUCUCUAAACACUAUAUUAUUAUAGACUUAUAGCGUGAUAGUUAUAUUAUGCGUAGUGAAUGUAAUAUAAACUGAACGUUGAAUAACAAGUAGCACGAUGGAGGUGUUGGGAUUUUGAAGAGGAAACCGAAAGCCAAUGAGAAUUCAACGUUACUUUCAUUUCAGGCUCAAACCGGUAUCUGCGGAUUUAUCGUGAUAUACCACCCUUGGGACACCAUAAAUUCGCACGGUAGUUGUGUUUUACCCUUUUUCCCUAACGCAACGCCUAUAUAGGAGAAAUAUGAUAUAUUUUUUAGUAAGAACAGUGUGUAAUAAUGAGGAGAUUUAAGUUGUACAUGGAAUGGACUUAGAAUCGGUCAAUUUCUGCGAUUAUGCGUGUACGUAUAAUAUACGAUGUAGGAUCAUAUUGUAAUCAUGUGGAAGUGGUGAGGUAACGGUUACUACCGUAAACAAACAUUUUUUUAAAUGAAAAAGGAAAAAAACAAUAAAUAUACGGAAUAGCUUCCAGGCA